AUGGGCGGUCUUGAUAUCCCCAAAUGGGCAACAUUAUCCUGUGGCUGCAAACCGAUGUUUCCAUGCACCAACAAUAUAGCCGAAUAUGAAGCAUGCAUCGUCGGCCUACAAGCGGCUAUUGGAAUGGAAGUGUCAAAGGCGAAAGUGUUCGGUGACUCCGCCUUAAUUAUCCUCCAGACUGUGGGCGAGUGGGAGACAAGAGACGCCAAACUAGUGCCUUAUCACGACUACUUGGAAGAAUUGGUAGAAGAAUUCCAGGACAUCUCAUUUGAAUACCUACCUAGAAUCCGUAACCAGUUUGCUGAUGCACUAGCAACACUAUCAUCUAUGUUACAAGUAACGAAAGGGUUAGAAGUAGAGCCUUUGAAGAUUGAAGUCCUGACAAGACAGGCCCACUGCAUGAAUAUAACUGAAGAACCUGAUGGAAAACCCUGGUAUUACGACAUCAUGAAAUACAUCCAAAAGCAGGAAUUCCCUAAAGAAAGCACUCCCUCUGAUCGAAAAUACCUUAUGAAAAUGGCUUCGAGGUUCUUCGUCGGCGGUGAAAAUUUGUACAAAAGAUCAUAUAACUCGGUCUCGCUAAGGAUGGUCCGCCGCCCCGUGAGGCUUGGCAUCCCCACAAAGAUGACUGUGUCAGAGACGUUGCUCUACUUAGCUAGUAUAGAUAAAUACUAUCAGAUGGUCACUACGACUGUUUGGGUGGAUGAAGGGUUGAAUGAACUCAUUCCCUACAAGUACUGA